GCCUUGAGGAAGCUUGAGGACGACAGAAAAAACCCCACACCUUUCGGGCAUUUUUUAAGUAAAAUAUGGCGGUUUCUUACAGAUCCGACUUCAUCUUAUGCUGCAAAGCUCUACGCGUACAUCUCCUUAGUCAUCAUCUUUGUCAGUAUCUUCUCCUUCUGUGCCCAAACCCACGAAGUAUUCCAAGUGCUACAGCAAGAAACUUCUGUUCACAACUCGACAGUGGUCUCGGACACAGCGCCCAACAUCACGUCUUUCUUUUCGACGGAACCUGUUGCCGAGGUCCCAGUGUUUGCUGAGUACACUGCCUCUGCUGUAACUAAGCAAGGGUCAACAGAGUCAGUUACUACAGUGGUUCACACAAUGCCACAUCCUGCCCUCGCCUAUCUGGACAUGGCGUGUGUUGUUUAUUUCCUGCUGGAGCUUGUCUUCCGCUUCUGCGUCUCGCCCAAGAAGUGCCGAUUUGUCACCAAGCCAAUGACGAUAGUUGAAAUGUUGGCCCUGAUUCCUGAUGUCAUCGAUAUUGUGAUCCGACUGAUGAGCACCUCUUGCGCAGAGUACAGAAGAGUAAUGGCUGUUGUCGACUUCUUGAAGGUGCUGAGGGUUUUUCGAAUUUUUCGUCUUAUGAAGCAUAUUCCUGGAUUGUGGAUUCUCAUUUAUACGCUGAAGUCGAGUAUUAUGGACCUCCUACUGCUUCUCCUAUUCGUCUUUGUUGGGAUGCUUGUAUUCUCGUCCCUCAUUUACUUCGCAGAGAGCCGAGUCCAGGAGUCAUUUUCAAGCAUACCGAAAUGCUUUUGGUGGGCAGUUGUCACCAUGACAACAGUAGGUUACGGCGACAUGUAUCCGGUCACCAACUGGGGCUACCUCAUCGGCACGGCUACCGGCAUUUCCGGUGUACUGAUGAUCGGUUUCACGGUUCCCGUUUUGGUGAAUAACUUCAUCAUGUACUACAACCACACUAGAUCAACAAUCCGCCGAGAGAAACAUCGAGAUAAAUCCUUCAGUGGACUGGCCAAUCUGCAUACACUGGGAAGCAUGAAAUGCUUUUCUAGUUAUGACGACUUUGGGUUUGGAGAAAGACUCUUGGGGAUUGGCAACUACCGAAUGAGCCCAGACUUCAAGGAUUCUGAGAACGACAAAGCUAAUACCGAAGGUAUUGUGUUCAAUGUUAACAAUGACAGAAAUGUUAAAACGACACCACCCAACGCUAUAGCUGAAGAAGACAAUGAGUAUGAAGAAACAUGUUCAGAAAGAAUGUCACAUUUGUAA